CAAAGGCCGACAAACGCGACCGCGACGCGAUUCGACUCGACCAAAAGCCAAGAGCCAAGAGCCCAAAGCCAAAAGGCAGGCGGCCAACUAGUUUUUCCUCAGUUCCUCCUUUUGGCUUAUAUUGUAUGUUGUUUAGUGUGCCAUUGGCGCUACCAACGUGCGGUUCGUUCUUGCGGUUUCGUGGCAGUUUCGGGCUUUAUUCAAAAGCCAACCAAAUCGCGUCUACUUCGUCGGCCCUAGAAGAAGAGUAGGGGGAGUGGGAAAGAGUUGGAUCGAGUCAAUGUCUUUUCUGUCGCCCACACUGCGCUUGGAGAAUCUGGCCACGCAGCCCAUUAUGACGCAGGAUCAUGUGCCCGAGGACCAGCGCUACAACAAACAGAAUAUAGUGGCCCAAUGGUGUGUCCCCAUCAAUGGCAAGAUGUACCGCAUCGAGCUGGAACAUGGCACAACUAGUGGGCGGCGCAUGAUUUGGGUCAAUGGUCGGGAGGUCCUGCGACGCGACUGGAUGUUCAAGCUGGUCGGUGAGGACACCUUUCACAUCGAUCAGUCGCGCUGCAUUAUACGCGUUGAUCCAGCACCAGGCUUCAAGUACGAGUACUCCCUGUACAUCGACGGCAAGUCGCAUGACCAGUACACAGAGGACGUCACACGUCAGUACCGGCUCUGGCUCAGCACUUGCCACUCUUCGAGCACCUCCGAAACACCCGCCCAGGAGUAUCGAAUAAUGCUCAAGCUGGACACGCUGAGUCUGUACGUGAACGAUGACCUGCGCGAGGAGGAGUCUGUUUUCGUUCACGGCGGCACGGACACCAAGUUCAUGCUGCAGGACACGGAAUUCGUGCUGCAGGCACGCUCAAGUGGCAAUAAACAUGAUGGCAUUGUUCACACUCUGCUGGCCAACGGAGUGCCCGUGCCAGAGGCAAAGAUUCAGGAGAUUAUGCAAGAGCCCGUCUCCAUACUGCAGAAUAAUUGAUCCAUGAAUCGAUGAGAUACGAUACGAUACAAUACGAUAAUGUUUUGCAUUUGUUGAUUUUUUCCCACUGUCAAUUGUUAAUAAAUAAAUACUGAAAAA